AUGUUCUUAGCGAGGAUGAGACUGGUCGAUGACAGAGAGGAGCAGGAGAGUAAUACAAUGCAGCAGCAACUGCAGCACCAGCAGCAGCAGCAGCAGCAGCAGAAGCAGCAGCAGCAACAGCAGAAGCAGGAGGAGCAGCAGGAGUACUUGGGAGGUGCAACAGCUGAAUCCACACCAUCAGAUUCAGAUAUGCCAGGCAUGGGGCACAGGCUUGAAAUGCCAGGCACGUUGGUGUCUUUUGAGACGUCUCAAAAGGCCCCCCGCACGCUGGUGUCUCGCCUGUUGGUGAUCUGCUACGACCAUCGAAGCCUGGAGUUCUGCUGCUCGCUGCGCCUGCACUGCUAUCUUGACACACAGGAGGAUGCUCCAAAGAGUGAGAGGGACGACUUCAGUGGAGAGCAGAAGAAAUUUAUGACCCCCUCCUAUCUGCACCUGAUGUGGAGGCGACUGCAAGUCAUCAAGCAAAUCUUGUCAUUAAAAUUCGAUGUGAUAUUUACAGACAAUGACGUCAUGUGGUUACAGAACCCUCUUCCCCACCUGCUCCCCAUCUCAUCAGACUUGCUCAUAGCGUGCGAUCGCUGGUCGGCAGAUCCCAAGGCGGCAGCAGGCAAUGGGGGGUUUUACAUGGCUCGCAGCAACGAUCGUGUGCUUCAAUUCUUCGACUACUGGAUCAAAUCCCACACCUGCUUCCCCGGUAUUCACGACCAGGAUGCAUUCACGCGAGUGCGACCCAAAGCAGACCCAUACACCCACGACACCCUCCGUCUCUCCGUCCACUACCUGCCGACGGACCGUUUUGGCGGUUUCUGCCAGAUCGGGCGGCAGCUGGGGCGGCUGGUCACUGUUCAUGCCAACUGCUGUAUUGGACUGGAGGAAAAGAUGCGAGCGCUGCAGCGGGUCUUGAGUGAUGUGGAUUGGUUUUGGCAGCUACCAUUGGUCGACAGGGUGGGAGUGGGGCGGCAUGGCUUGGUGUGGAGCGGGAGGAACUGCACUAUUUGA